UUUUGGUUGCGGUUCGAUUGUUACGAAACAUCAGCACAAAACGGAACGUCAGAAACACCUCAGUUAUUUAAUCAGCGUUUAUUCACCGGUUUCGAUAAAGUUUAGUCCAACAAAAUGAGGCUAACACACGUUCUGCUGCGGCAACACAUCGGCUUUUACUUCAAGAAACAUUGGCUCCGGCAGGGCAAACGCGUGCCUAAUGAUACCGGUGCUGAGCAGGAACUGGUGGCCCGUGGAAUUGCCGUUCGUGAUCCGAAGGAAGUGAUCAAGGAACAACGACCAUUCGUGGAGUUUAACAUUCCCGGUGUUCUUCCACCACCGGUGGCCUUCGACGAGACGCACCCUCUGUGGAAUUCCCAGCAGGCGUACGUGUACGGUGACGAGAAUGUGCUACUCGAAGGGGUCCGUCAGAGCCAGGCCCUGCUCAACACGGUUGUCUACGAUGAUCUCCCCUUGAAAUUGGAGGAAAAACUGGACCAAACGAAGGUACCGACCCAGCUGGACCGAUCGAUGCAGCAGGCCGUACUUUCCGCUCUAGUAUUCGAUACUGAGCAGGUGAAAACGGCCAUCGUUAAGGUUCCGGAUCGUCCAGCAUUCAAACUACCGCGGACGUACGGAAUAUCAGAGGGUAGACGAAAUCAGCUUAUCCUCUCUAAGCUUGUUACUCACAGUGAACGAUUCUGUGGGAGACCAAUCAACGCGAAUCGCAAAGUAGUUUACAAUGUUCAGUUCUUAGUUCCGAUUGAAAAGGAUGGCGAGCGGUUACUAAUGAACGUGAAAGCGGAUUCUAUGAUUAUAUCACAAGCUCCGCUGCAUCCCUUCGACGUGAACGUUUAUCGUCCGCUUGAUAAGGAGCUGCCAACACUAUUCCCUGUUAAAGAGACUAUUUCAAUUCCGACGCAGAAUAUUUAUGAUUGGAAAAACGAGUACCCCAUCAGCAAGAAUUACAAACUGUCCCAUCCGCACACAGUGCUCAUCCAUUGCUCGCCGGGCGAUGUGAAGAAUCUAACCGAGCUACCCGUUUCGUCCGAUCAGAAGGAAGCUCGUACUAUGAUGAAAGCGUUUGCCGUGGCUGCGUCACGGGCACGACAACUGUAUGGCAACGAUGUGAAGGCUCUUCCACAUCCUAUCACGGUUCAAGCAGUGCAAACAGACAGUAAAACUUUCCAUUUCGGCGUGUUUCAGUUGAACACGCUGGAUCUGAGUUCUACAACCGAGCGGAACCUGUGGUUCCGCAAGGCUCCGCUGACGUUGUACACGCAGUGCGGGUAUGUUGCGGGGAAACCAACGCUCGAGGAGUAUAACAAGGAUGUGCUGCGGCACUUGGCCAUGUUCUAUUCAAACUAGAGGGCAUUGUUUAUUGAAUAAACAACAUUAGAG